AUGGUGGACGCGCGGGGACGAGAGGGUGGCGGUGAUGGUGGCGUCCCAGCGCGCAACCAAGGCAACUACUACGGCAAGCCCAUCGGCACCCUCACGGAGUUCGCGCACGGCAUCCGGGGCACGGCCUACGCAGUCGACGAGAGCACCAUCUUCAUCAAGGGCUUCUCCUACGACGGCACGGGGCCAGACGCCUUCUUUUGGGUGGGCAACACCCAGCGACCAUCCCCUGAAGGCUUCAUUGUUCCUUACCCUGAGGACUUUAAAGGACGGUAA